CAGAGGUAGAAGAUAAAUAAAAGCUCACUCGUAUUAGAGCUAAGCAGUCGUUGGUUCUAAGCAACCGUUUAUUUUCUCACACAUUACACACACUGCAGCGGUAACCGCCUCACAAAUUGAUGGAGUCGGCGCCGUCGACGUGCUUUCUCCGCCGCGGAUUGGUCGGCGCCGGACUCAAGUCUCCUCAAGUCACUGUGCGUCUCUACUCUUCCUCCUGGCAGCGCUGGUACCCAACCUCUUGUAAAAUGCGCCAGCGCAACUUCAGUUCGCAAAAUAAGAGGCAACAAGCAAAGAAAAUCAAUCUCCCAACAAAUACAAGAUUAAAUCAAAUUGAUGAUAGCAACACUGAUACAAGCAGCAGGGACAGAGGCGGGAUUUCACCGACAAAUACAAAUUCCAAGCCAAAUGAUGAUAGCGGAUCGCCCAAAGGCAGCAACUCAGAUUCAGAUCAAGAAAUAGAUUCCAGCAACAAUAUUCCCGUAAUAGAAUAUGGAUACUUGGAAGGAGAGGGUUACUUCAAUUCUUCUGAACCAGAUGAAGUUGGAGCGUUGCACAAUGACACUGUCGCCACUGCAGAGGGAUCAGUUCACUUAAAUGAUGAAAAAACUAAGAGGCAUAUUCUGUCAAAUGACAUCCCAUCCACCACUGGGAAUAGAGGACAGCAACGCUCGGGCAGUCAACUUCAUGAUUUAAUUGGAAUGAUACGAAGUGCUGAAAAGAAUAUACAUCUUCUUAAUGAUGCUCGUAUGCGUGCUCUUGAGGAUCUUGAAAAUGUUCUCAGCGAAAAAGAGUCAUUGCAGGGAGAAAUCAACAGUUUGGAGAUGAAACUGGUUGAAACUGAUGCACGUCUGAAAGUGGCUGCACAAGAGAAGAUACAUGUGGAACUCCUCCAAGCCCAGUUGGAGAAGUUGCGAAGUGAAUUGUCAAGCAGAGAGGAACUUGAACAGGACUUGAAUAAUGUUGUUUCUUCAUCGCAAAUUGACGUCGUCAGUUCUUUUAGCCAGGAAUUAGAUUCAUUAAGGGCAGAGAAUAUGACCCUGCAGGAUGAGCUACAGGCCCUAAAGGCAGAGCUUAGUCGUAUUAGGGAAACUGACCAGCGUGUUCAAACAUUGGAGGAUGAACGGUCAUUGUUGCAGUCCUCCUUCAAAGAGUUGGAGUUCAAACUUGCUGCUUCUGAUGAAGAUGUUUCAGAAAUCUCUAGCUUGAAAUCUGAAUGCAAGAGUUUAUAUGAGAAAGUGGAGGAUAUGCAGACGCUUUUAGAUAAGGCAACAGAGCAGGCAGAUCAAGCAAUUCUAGCAUUGCGGCAAAACCAAGAACUCCGCAAGAAGGUUGACCAGCUUGAAGAAUCUGUCAGUGAGACCAGCGACUAUAAACUGUCAUCAGAGAAGUUGCAGCAAUAUACUGAACUAAUGCAGCAAAGAAUAGAUCUAUUGGAUGAUCGCCUGCAAAAUUCUGAUGAAGAGGUACAUAGCUAUUUUAAAUUGUGUCAAGACUCUAUAAAGGAAUUCCAGGACAAGCUGAAUGCCUUGAAAGAAGAAAGCAAGAAAAGGGCAGAAGAUGAAUCUGUGCAUGACAAGCCUUCUGAGUUUUGGUCCAAUUUAUUGCUUUUGGUGGAUGGAUGGUUUCUUGAAAAGAAGAUCUCACUGGAUCAAGUGAACUUAUUAAGAGAAAUGAUAUGGAACAGAGAACAAAGCAUAUGUGAUUCAUAUAUGUCGAUGCAAGGAAAAAGUGAGAGGGAAAUUAUUGCAACAUUUCUCAAACUAACGACGUCAACGACAGGUGAAAGGUUACAUGUCAUACACAUUGCAGCAGAGAUGGCACCUGUGGCUAAGGUGGGUGGACUGGGAGAUGUAGUGACUGGUCUUAGCAAAGCGCUUCAGAGGAAAGGGCACCUUGUGGAAGUUAUUGUACCAAAAUACGACUGCCUACAGUACGAGAGCAUCCGGGAUUUGAAGGUUUUGAAUAUGCAUGUUGAGUCAUAUUUUGAUGGUAGACUGUUCAAAAACAAAAUCUGGGUUGGCACUGUUGAAGGGAUUCCUGUUUAUUUCAUUGAACCUCUUCAUCCAAGUAAAUUCUUCUGGAGGAAUCAAUUUUAUGGAGAGAAUGAUGAUUUUAAGAGAUUUUCAUACUUCAGCAGGGCAGCACUUGAGUUAAUUCUUCAAGCUGGAAAGAAGCCGGACAUAAUUCAUUGUCAUGAUUGGCAGACAGCCUUCGUCGCACCUCUUUAUUGGGAUCUAUAUGUUCCAAAAGGAUUGGAUUCAGCCAGAAUAUGUUUUACAUGUCACAAUUUUGAGUAUCAAGGAUCAGCUCCAGCUUCUGAGCUCGGAUCUUGUGGUCUUGAUGUUCACCAACUCAAUAGACCUGAUAGGAUGCAGGAUCAUUCCGCACAUGACAGGGUCAACCCCAUUAAGGGUGCUGUGGUGUUCUCUAAUAUUGUGACAACAGUUUCACCAACCUAUGCCCAAGAGGUGCGAAGUUCAGAGGGUGGACGAGGCCUACAGGACACAAUUAACACAUAUUCAAAGAAAUUUGUCGGAAUUUUGAAUGGCAUUGAUACUGAUGCAUGGAAUCCAGCAACUGACCCAUUUUUAAAGGUUCAGUAUCAUUCCAAUGAUCUUGAUGGCAAAGCAGAAAACAAAGCAGCUUUGAGGAGACAUCUGCAAUUGUCUUCAGCUAAUGACAGACAGCCAUUGGUUGCUUGCAUAACUAGAUUGGUACCUCAGAAGGGUGUACAUCUUAUAAGGCAUGCAAUAUACCGGACAUUGGAGUUAGGUGGUCAAUUCGUUCUUCUUGGUUCAAGUCCAGUGCCUGAGAUUCAGAGGGAGUUUGAAGAAAUCUGUGAUAGUUUUAGAACUCAUGAACAUGCUCGAUUAAUACUGAAAUAUGACGAGGCUCUUUCACACUUAAUCUAUGCUGCAUCGGACAUGUUGAUCAUCCCAUCCAUCUUCGAGCCUUGUGGCCUCACUCAGAUGAUUGCUAUGAGAUACGGGUCAGUUCCCAUCGUUAGGAAGACUGGAGGGCUCAACGACAGUGUUUUCGAUUUUGACGACGAUACCAUACCUGCCCAUUACAGAAAUGGAUAUACAUUCUUGACAGCUAAUGAGCAGGAUUUCAGCAAUGCGUUGCAACGGGCAGUUAACCAUUACAUGAAUGAUGCUGAUAGUUGGAAACAGCUUGUUCAAAAGGUGAUGAGCUUGGAUUUUAGUUGGGAUUCUUCAGCACCAUUGUAUGAAGAACUUUAUCACAAGUCUGUCGCCAGAGCGAGGAGCAGAAAAUGAUACCCGAUGACCGCAAUCAAGGUUUUCUAUGCUGAUAUAUUGGUGGAGUGGAUGAGCUCGUGACUGAAAGUUAAGUCACGGGCCGACGACUGAGCUGUCGUUUCGUGUCACCUUGUGUCUUGUGGAGCUGAUCGGCCAGAUGCAGGCUGCUCAGGUUCAAUUCUUUCAUUCAGCACAAUUAUAGUUUACUUUUUACUUGUAAAUAUAGACUUCCAAUCUGUAUAGGUGUAUGUUGUAAUAUGAGAACUAGUUUUUUUUUUUGGUAA